UUUAAACUUGUAGCGGAGACUGUUGUUAAAAGGCAGAACGGGGUAACGCUGCAACCACCGAGGGACGAGCCUGGCGACUUAUUUCAGGACUGUCUUCUCUUUUAAUAUUAAUAUCCGCAUGCAGUAACACUUUUUUUUUUUAAUCGUUGAAGUAAAUAUUUGAAUACGUUUCGCGUUUAAAAGGUUAGUUAACGCUAGUUUUGAUUUGAAUUCCCAAGUGUAUGGCAAGCUAGCUUCCAGUUAAACUAACGUCGGUUGAAGUAGGGUUGACAAUAGUUUGGACCCUUGCAACCAUCAUCGAUACCUCUACUACUGAAGAGGGGUUUUUUUUUUUUAAAAAACGUUUUCUUUUAAAGACGCCGAAGAGCACUUUCAUCCGAAAAAUAGAAAAUGAGCGCAGGUAUCGCGAAGCCGGCGGUUCCGUCGGCACAUGUCGACCCGAAAUCGGCUCCCCUCAAAGAGAUCCCAGAUGUUCUGGUGGACCCACGCACCACGAGGAGAUACGCCAGGGGACGAUUCCUCGGGAAAGGUGGUUUCGCCAAAUGCUACGAAAUCACAGACAUGGAGACGAAGCAGGUUUUCGCCGGAAAAAUCGUCCCGAAGUCGCUGAUCCUGAAGCAGCACCAGAGGGAGAAGAUGACCUCGGAAAUCGCCAUUCACAAGAGUCUCGACCACGCCAACGUCGUCGGCUUUCACGGGUUUUUCGAAGACGACGAUUUUGUCUUCGUUGUCCUGGAAAUCUGCAGGAGAAGGUCUUUGUUGGAGCUGCACAAGCGUCGUAAAGCUGUGACUGAGCCAGAGGCCCGCUACUACAUGACACAACUGCUCAAGGGUGUCCAGUACCUGCACAACAACAGAGUCAUCCACAGAGACCUGAAACUGGGCAACAUCUUCCUCAAUGAUGACAUGGAGGUCAAGAUAGGCGACUUUGGUCUGGCCACUAAGAUCGAGUUUGAUGGCGAGAGGAAGAAGACCUUGUGUGGAACGCCCAACUACAUUGCACCUGAAGUGCUUUGCAAGAAAGGCCACAGCUAUGAGGUGGACGUCUGGUCGCUUGGAUGUAUAUUGUACACUUUGUUGGUGGGUAAGCCCCCAUUCGAGACCUCCUGUCUGAAGGAGACCUACAACCGCAUCAAGAAAAACAACUACACCGUCCCCUGGCACAUCAACCCGCUCGCGGCCUCUCUCAUCAAGCGGAUGCUGCACGCUGACCCCGCCCAACGGCCUACCAUCGGCGAGCUGCAAGCUGAUGAGUACUUCACAUCCGGCUACAUCCCGACGCGUCUACCCACUACGUGCCUCACUGUGCCCCCACGGUUCUCUAUCGCCCCCUCCACAGCUAUGGAGCAGAGACGCCCCUUGACUGCCAUCAACAACAAGGGAGGGACAGAGAAGGUGGACAUGAAGGACGAGCCUGUGCAGAGGGAGCCUGAGCCAUCAGAAAACCACCUGAAAGAUAUGCUGCAGCAGCUCAACAGUAUCAUUGCUGCCAAGCCCUCAGAGAAGGCUGUCGUCUGCCAAGAGGAGGCAGAGGAUCCUGCAUGUAUUCCAAUCUUCUGGAUCAGCAAAUGGGUGGACUACUCUGACAAAUAUGGAUUAGGCUACCAGCUCUGUGACAACAGCGUGGGUGUGCUGUUCAACGAUUACACACGCCUGAUUAUGUACGCUGAUGGAGACAGUCUGCAGUACAUCGACAAGGCGGCGGCUGAAUCCUACCUCAGCGUGCGAUCUUUCCCCGCUACUCUCAACAAGAAGAUAACGUUGCUGAAGUAUUUCCGCAACUACAUGAGCGAGCACCUGCUGAAGGCCGGCGCCAACAUUGCACGGCGGGAAGGAGACGAGCUGGCCCGGCUGCCUUACCUCUCCCUCUGGUUCAGAACCAAGAGCGCCAUCGUCCUGCACCUCACCAACGGCACCGUUCAGAUUAACUUCUUCCAGGACCACACCAAGCUGAUCCUGUGUCCGCUGAUGGGUGCAGUGACCUACAUCGACGAGAAGCGAGACUUCCGCACCUACAAGCUGUCUCUGCUGGAGGAGUUCGGCUGCAGUAAGGAGCUGGCCAGCCGCAUCCGCUACGCCAAGCUCAUGGUGGAGAAACUGCUGGACAGCAAGCCUACCCCUGCCGCACAUUAGACCCCCCCCCCUUCCUCCCUCCCUUACACCACUUCUUUAAUCACUCUGUCUUUAAUCACUGGCCACUUCUUCCUGUCUGCCAGCCUCUGAGGUCCGGACAGACCCUUAAAUUCCUCCUAUAUUUUAUUGAAGGGUCACAGUGUGAUGAAUUUUCACCUUUUCGAGGCUUUGAGAUGUACCAUGAAAAUGAAUCUCCUAUGUUGUACAUGAAUGGUGAAUUUCAGUCUCUCAGCCACUGAUUUUAUCUUCUUUUCCUGCUGUUAAUAGAAACUCUCUUUAACUUUCUUGAUGAAGCUUACUCUUGACAAACGCACUCCCGCUGAAGUAAUCUAAGAUGGCUGGAUCACUUGACAGCGCAGCAGGCGAGUCGACUCUGUACAAUGAAAUGAGUCUAGGAGGAAAAGAUGAAUGUUAAGGGUUCCCCGUGUUCAAAUUCAUUACGUUGAAGUUGAAACAUUCCUCCAAGAUUCUCUCUCUGCUUGUUUGUAUUUACCUGAAGCUGAGGGGACGACUGUGUGGUGGGGGUGAACACUCGAGACUGGCUGUAUGGAUGGGGGAAAAAAGCUUCUCUGGUCUGCUUCUCUAGUUUGUCUAUUUUUAUCUGUGUUGUAUGUAGAGAAAUGGACCAUGUUAAUAUGUCUUCAUCAUGUACAUUCUUCCUGUAGUUACAUUUUACACUUUUUAAGUCUAUUUUAGAUGUCUUGUCUUUUUCAACAAGAUGUACAAACUUGUACAUACUGCUCAAUAUGCAAACAUGUUGUAAAGAUGGUUUAAUUUUACUCAAGUUAAAAUAAAGAUUCUCUUAAACAAGACAAA